AUGGAGCUACAUAACCAAGUGAUCGAGUUGGUUGUCCAUCCAACAGCCGCAUGGGCACCAGAAAUCACGACCACAGACAUUCGGCAAAAGCUGGACGGGCCAGAGGGCACCAGUGACUGGUCAGAGUCUCUUCUCAACCCCAAGAAUCGUAUUGACAGUCUCGACGACUACCCUUCGGCGCUCUGGCGCGUGGAUGGUUGUGCUGGCCUUGGCACCCAGUUUUACGCGAUUCCCACAUUUCUUCAGAAGAUUCCCCCUAUGCGUAUGGACGUUUUCAUUCCUGAAGACCAGACUCCUAGGAUUCGGCGGCAAUUAGACCUCUCAGUAGCUUUUCACACCAAAGAUGGCCUCCGCUUGUCGCGACUGGCUGUGUCUCGCUUCAUCGUCCGGGUCCUGCAGCACUGGACGCAGACCGAGUUUGCAGACUUUGAUGCCUUCGAGCGCUUCUACACCAGCGCGCCGUUCGGGUCAAGAAUCGUUUUCGAAAACCUCUCCCUUGACGUGCGGCAGGUCGAUGUCAGGAUCGGCCUGAAUCACAAUCUUGAGCGCCAGUUGAUGCCGUUGUCGAGUCUAGCAAAGCUAUGGGGCCCAGAAGUCGUGCUGCCAGAGGUGAUAGAGUUUCAAGACCUGCACGUAGUCAAAGUCCUGCAUGACAGUGUCUGUCUCGUUGAAUACCAGAAGCAGCUUUUCAUAUUCAAGGCUCUGACUAGUGGCGCCAAAUACCUCUAUCAUGAGCUCAAGACUCUAUGCACCAUGGAGCCACAUCCGAACGUCAUCGCUUAUCCCAUGCAUCUGGUGCAGAAGGACUGCAAAUUCGGAGGCAAAAAGGCCAUCUGUGGCUUUACCACAUUUUACCAUGCAAAGGGCACACUCCGGGACAUCUUACCACCUCUCCGCGCGCAUGGCCAACUUGCGACAGAGGAUCAAGUCAAAUGGGCGCUUCAGCUUGCGGGUGCACUCAAACAUCUACGCCAACACUCAUUCGGUUAUUAUCCUGACCUGCGGCUCGACAACAUUGUCCUUUCCGAAGGUGGAGAUGUUGUGAUGAUCGAUUUUGAACAACGGGGCGUAUGGUGCGAGUUUGCCGCACCAGAGGUCAAUGCCAUCGAGUACAUGCGCCUCAUCGCGGAGCAAGAGGAUUUCCCAGACAAUCUCAAGGAAGCCUAUCUCGACAAACUCAUCGCUGUCGUGCCCGAAUACGAGAGCCUACAGGCAGACAAGUACAGCAAUCCCGAAAAUGGUUACAAUGGCGCCGGACUGGCUCUAUCGCCUCGAGAGCAGGAAGCUGCCGAGGUUUACAUGCUUGGUCGCGUGCUAUGGUGCAUCUUCGAAGGUGUCAGUGGACCUCAAAAGGCGGCAGUUUGGCAGUCAUACCGCUGGGAGCCACACAUUGAGUUCCCAGAUUUCGAGAGAUGCCCUGCAGCCAUUCGGUCAUUGAUUGAGGACUGCACACGAGGAAGAAGGCCCCCCCUGAGCCGAACCGUAAUGAGAAAAAGCAGUCGUAUGGUACUCGAGGGAGCAUUGCAUGGUGGCCACCAAACGCCGGAGAACGUCAUUGCAGCUGCGAGCGCCUUCUGGGCGAGUGAGGUUGAAUUUGCGACCAAGUUUCUGGACGAAAGGGCGGCAUUGAAAGCCAGAGGAGAGUUGGAUGACAACUACUACGGUCGACCUGCCCUGGAAGAGGUGUUCCAACGACUUGACGACUUUAGAGCAGGUAAUGCCGCGGCCAGAUGA